AUGGUAUAUGAUUGGGAUGGAAAGCGGGACAUCUGCUAUCAGAUGUAUAUUAAAGACAAAAAGGCUUUGGAGGAAAUCAUGGAGUAUAUGAAGAAUGUAUAUCAAUUCGCACCCAGUAAACGUGCAUUUCAAACGCAAUUCAAGCGAUGGGGCUUCCCUUCAAAACAAAAUCCAGCACAUAAGAACCUAGAACUCGUUGCACGCGUCAAGCAACUUUGGGAGCGGAAUACUAGCCAACGAGAUAUGCUUCGAUUACUGAAUGAAGAAGGGUUCGAAAUCAAAGAAAGAGAGCUCAUGCGGGUACGUGCUAAAAAUCGAUGGUUACUCCGCGUUCCCAAUGGGAUGAAGUCACAGUCAACUAUGCAAGCAUCUGCACAACUAUCAGAAGAUGAAGGCUUGCUUGCAUUGCAGCAAGAAGUUUACAAGAAUGAAAGCUCAUUCAAUGACACCGAACCUCUCCUUACUGACACAACAAGCCCACGUCCCCCAUCGCCUGGCUUAUCACCAGAAGUUCUAGCCAAACGCAAGGAACGACUAGAACGAUUGAAAGCAGAAAGUGCAGAACGCUGGGCUACCAGAAAGCGCCGGCGCCGUACUCGAGGAUGGGCAGGGCUGCCAGCCGAUCCCCCGGGACCCCCGCGCUUUCCCUCUGAAACGACUAUUGAUGAGAGUAAAAGGCACUUGAACCUGGAUAAUGUCAUGUAUCGCCAAAUCAGGGACCAGUUCCAGAGAAUUUGUGAGGAUGCAGGCUUCAUCAAGAAAACAGUUGCCGGGCCUGAAAAAUGGCAGGAAGCCAAAAACAAACUGAUCCAAGAAUCGCAACAUCUUCAACAUAUAUUUUGGGAGGAUCCUAAUCAACUUGAUGCAAAGGCCCUUGCUCUUGAUGUUGUCUGCACAGAUGUCACGAAGAGGAUGCGAACCUUGGAGAGGCGAAUGACCAUUGCGGAAGCUAAAAACGCUCUUGGGGUCAAUCCAGAGGAAAGCCGCCAAAUACGGAAUGCAUUUUACAAUACACUGAAAGCGGACCAUUUCACAAGCAAACUAGAGGCUGGUGAUGAGCACUGGACGAAGUUGAAGGAGCAGUGGAUUCAAAACUCUCAGCUGCUUCAACAAAUUUUGGCUCCAGGGCCAACGGAUACAGAACACUCUACCAAACUAAAAGCUUUAGAGGUUCUUUGUCGUGAUGUUAUGAAGCGACUUCGUGAUGAUCAAACUAAGAGGGACCCAGCCCGUAAACACUCUAAUCCUCAGGAACAUACUCCUGAUUUUGGAAGCCCUCAUAUUGGCAACGCCUUUAGUGGCAGUAUAACUAACGGAAUCAGUACACUUGCUUCACAGGCUCUUGCAAGUGCUCCAGUGGCUUCUAGCGAUUUAGGUGACUUGCAGAUAGACCCCUCCCUCCUGCAGGCAGCUAAUGACCCCUCGUUUGCCACAGCCGAUCACCAGGACUCGGGUCAUACCUUUGGAUAUGUGGAUCCCUUAUUAGAGCCUUCUACUAUGCAAAUUCCUGUGUAUCUUCGCAUUCACUCUCAAAGUUCAUUGCAUGGGGAUUCCAAAACCUGGAUUGAAAAACUGACAACGCGAUCUGUUGCUGAACUACGCCAACUAGUCAACACCAGAUAUCCAGACACCUUCAUUACAAAGAUUGAGGGCACGGACAAAGAUGAGAACGGGCAUGAGAUAUCUUUCCUUAUAGAUGAGGACCACGAAUUUGACGCUUACUUGACUCACAUGCAAGGGAGAAAAGCUUCGUUUCUUUUUAGCCUGGAACAAGUCUAA